AUGUGUAACCUUCUGUUGACUCAAUACAAAACAUUGCUGGCCAAAUUCAUCAAGCCAUUUGCAAGGGGUACUGUGUUGGCGCAACAAUUGCAAGCUACCACAACCAUUGAGCAGAUCACCAUAGAUCCUUACAAGUUCCAAUGUAGUGUUGGCCAAGCUGCUAGAUUGGACACACUGUGUUUCACAAAGACAAGGUUCUUGAGGGACAACACAGUGGCCUCAUCUAAUUCUCCUUAUAUCACUGUUUUGCUGCCAUUGGAACCUUGUAAAGGUGGGGUGCUAGACUGGAUGGGCCAAGGAACGUGCACUUGGGAUCAUCAUUGUCAUUGUCUGCUUCAGGCAUUUUAUUUUUCAUGGUGA